AAUAAUAAGCGUUGAGUGUUGUUCAGACUCGCCAAGGAUUUGGCCGGAUUUUCCACAGUUUCAGUGAGGAUCGCUUAAUUUGCUUCCCCAAAAAGCAGCAGGUUAGCCAGCGGGCUUCUGUUUCUCCUCUUCCGGCAAAAGCAAAUAUUCUCGGAAAGGCAUCACCAUCAUGUACCACCUGAAGACGAUCGCUAAGAGCGCCGCCCUGAAGCAGGAGGUUGCUACUCUUGUGAAGGCGGUCGCGGCUGUCCAGCAUCCGGCGGCGCUGCAGCAGCACCAGCAGAAGCGCGGUUACGCCGAGCACCAGAUUCCGGAACGUCUGAAGGAUGUGUCGACCGCGGCCAACCCGCGCUUCUUCGACAUGGUCGAGUACUUCUUCCACCGUGCCUGCCAGAUCUGCGAGGAUAAGCUGGUCGAGGACAUGAAGGGCCGCAGCUCGCUCGAGGAGAAGAAGAAGAAGGUGAAGGGUAUCCUGAUGCUGAUGCAGCCGUGCGAUCACAUCAUCGAGAUUGCGUUCCCGUUGCGCCGCGAUUCCGGCGACUACGAGAUGAUUACCGGCUACCGUGCCCAGCACUGCACCCACCGCACACCGACCAAGGGCGGUAUCCGUUUCUCGUUGGAUGUGUCGCGCGAUGAAGUGAAAGCCCUGUCUGCCCUGAUGACGUUCAAGUGCGCCUGUGUCGAUGUGCCGUUCGGUGGUGCCAAGGCCGGCGUUAAGAUCGAUCCGCGUCAGUAUUCCGAGCAUGAGCUGGAGAAGAUUACGCGCCGAUUUGCCCUCGAGUUGUCGAAGAAGGGCUUCAUUGGACCGGGUAUUGAUGUACCGGCCCCGGAUAUGGGAACUGGUGAGCGUGAGAUGUCGUGGAUCGCGGACACGUAUGCCAAGACGAUCGGUCAUCUGGAUAUCAACGCACACGCCUGCGUCACCGGUAAACCGAUCAACCAGGGUGGUAUCCAUGGACGUGUGUCUGCCACCGGUCGUGGAGUUUUCCACGGAUUGGACAACUUCAUCAAGGAGGCCAACUACAUGGCCCAGAUCGGUACGACGCCCGGCUGGGGUGGCAAGACGUUCAUCGUGCAGGGUUUCGGUAAUGUCGGUCUGCACUCGUGCCGUUACCUCACCCGCGCUGGUGCCACUUGCAUUGGUGUGAUUGAGCACGAUGGUUCCAUCUUCAACCCGCAGGGUAUUGAUCCGAAGGCACUUGAGGAUUACAAGAAUGAGAAGGGCACGAUCGUCGGAUUCCCUGGUGCUAAGCCGUACGAAGGUGAGAACCUAAUGUACGAGCAGUGCGACAUCUUCAUUCCGGCUGCCGUCGAGAAGGUUAUUACUGCCGACAAUGCUGGCAAAAUUAAUGCCAAGAUCAUCGCUGAGGCUGCCAACGGACCAACCACGCCAGCGGCCGACAAGAUCCUGAUCGAUCGUAACAUUCUGGUUAUUCCGGAUCUGUACAUCAACGCUGGUGGUGUGACAGUGUCGUUCUUCGAAUGGCUCAAGAACCUGAACCAUGUCUCGUACGGUCGCCUGACGUUCAAGUAUGAGCGCGAGUCCAACUACCAUCUUCUCGCAUCCGUCCAGGAAUCGCUCGAAAAGCAAUUGACCAGCGAUGACAAAUCGGUGCAGGCGUCGCUUGAAAGACGUUUCGGCAACGUUGGCGGCAAGAUCCCAGUUACACCGUCGGAAGCAUUCCAGAAGCGCAUUUCGGGUGCCUCGGAGAAGGAUAUUGUGCACUCCGGUCUUGACUAUACGAUGGAGCGCUCAGCCCGCGCCAUUAUGAAGACGGCCAUGAAGUACAACUUGGGUCUGGAUCUGCGUUCCGCCGCGUACGUCAACUCGAUCGAGAAGAUCUUCCAGACGUACCGUGACGCUGGCUUGGCUUUCUAAAAGCCCGAUGUGUCGCAACAACUACAAGAACAGCAACCAAUACUGCAAAAAACACAAAACUCGAGGAUUUCAACACAUUCUGCAUCAACGAUAGCAUUCCGUAGCUUAAACGCAAAGAAAAACACACCAACUCAACAGUGCAAGCAACCCUCCUGCUCUACGUACGCUACCAGUAAAAGUGAUAGUUUUGAACGAAGUUAAGAGAAAUUACGGCGAACAUGAGAACUCCUGAUUGCUUCAAGCGUUCAACCAUCAGUAGCAUAUAAAGGGACAUCCUUCAACGGCUCAGAAGGAGAAUCCGCUGGCGGCACCACAGUAUAUGGAUCGAGUUCCUCCUACCUCAUCGUACUCUGUAGGAAAUCGGGAGAGAGAUAACUAGAGGCGACAGGCCUUACCCGCCCGUUUCUAUUAUCAAACGAGAUACGAACUAUAGAUGCAUCGAGCGUGAUACACCAACAUUCCGAUAAUUUUAAUCAAGCAUCGUUUCUAAGCCAUCGUUAUCGGUAGCGAUCAACAGUCGCUGUUUUUUGUUAUAAUCGCCAUUAUGUUUGUUUGAUGAUUGUACUUAUACCUUUAUACGUUUCGUUUAUUGUAACGAAUACUCAGCGGAGGCAAUGCGGAGCAUUUUCGUAGUUAUUCUUUAUUUGAUUCAUCUUGAAAAUUGUGCAUUUUCACGCAACUGCUCGGAUGGAUCUGACGGUCCAACGAAGACGGCAAAGCAUCUUGCUCGUUCCUGUACAUGCGCAACAAUUAGAAGGUAGCGGCGAUUACCUACUAACAACAGUAUCUUAGAUAUUAAACAAAACAAUCGGCGUCAAACUUCGUCUCGUACGGCGCGGGAGGUAACGUGUGUUCUUUUAAAAGCGUGUGUGACAAACUCCAAUCAUCAACCACAUCUACAAACUUCCUGCUCCUCCUACACGGCUGCCAUUUACGAUUAAAGAUUUACGGCGACUUAAGGCAUCCACAUUCCAAUGCAACAAGCUAUUACUUAUGGCGGUGCGCAAGUACAUAAUCUGAAGCUGAUAAAGAGAAGAAAUGGUUUAGCAAACCAGAGAGAAUCGAGAUCGAGCAGAAAAAAACAAAAAAUAAACUGAAAAAUGAAGCUAUAAAGUCA